CCAUCAAGUGCUUCAGCAGGGUCUUCCGUUUUACUAUCUUCGCCGGCUGGUUCGCGAAAAAAGUCUUCAAUCAUUUUUGUCAGCCAUGUCAAAUGGCGCUAAAUUAGACUGACUGAAUAAAUAAAUUUUGAAAAAAGUGCUCGUGAAAAAUGAUGUUACAAAUUAAAUUUCGAAAUUUCAGUCAACGUAUUGAAUGAUUUAAGUUUGAUAAAAGAAAAAUAGAAAUAGAAGAUACAAUAAUGUUGAUAAAUUUGAUUGCGAUUUUGUGUGCUUCGGGCACAAUCCUAGCUUAUAACGCACCCCAGAGUGUCAUAGCUCCAGAGGUGACGCCCCCCAAGAAUCAUUCGAGAAAUGAAAGACCUAACAGAAGACCUCUUGUAUGCCCCGAGGGAUUCGUGCGGUUGAAUAGGAACUGUUUUUACUUUAGUGCUGGAACAGCGAAUUGGCUAGAUGCGCACUUUCACUGUAAGGAUAGAAACUCCACCCUUGCGACAUUGACGAAAAAGCACAUGGACAGGAAGUUGAGGAACUUUCUUCAAGGACCGCAAUUGAAACAACUAGAAAGAUGGAUCGGUGUCAGGUACAACUGGGGAACGAUGACAUGGGAAUGGGGAGUAACAGGGGAAAUUUUAUCAUACAAUGGAUUCGGCAAACUCAGACCUGGCAGCGAUGAACUUUACCAGUGGCACUGCGCCGCUAUGAAUCCAGAAUGGAAGUAUCGAUGGGCAGCACGAAGUUGCAUUGAGAACAAACACUAUGUUUGCCAGACACCCGCGAAAAGAUCGGGGAGAAGACGUGGAAAAUUACCAGGUGGACAAAAAAGACGACGAAACCAGGUUCCUUUGAACAAAAAUCGCACGGCAUCUAAAAACUUGAUAGACAGAAAUGAUAUAGCGCCGUACAGGAGACCGAAAUGGAGGCCUACUAAGAGAUCUCGACCUGACUGGAAUAACGGCAUGAAAAUGGGAAUACGCCCACCUUCUACGACACGGUGGGCACCAGGUACAAAAUUCAGCGACAGGUUGAAAUUGGUACCAGGAAAAGGAUCCGCGGUGCCCGAUCAGUGGGUUAGCGCACCAAAGAUAAUAUCAGAGCAAAAGGGGGCGGUUGGAACGGAGGAUGAAAAGUUUGCAGGAGCUUUUCGAGCUGUUCCCAGGACGUUGGCUGGGGGAACGGAUAACAGAUUGGGUCAGUUAAAUGGUCGAAUGAGCAGUUUGUUCACGGAGGAAGUUUUACUAAAAACCUCAAAACGUUAAGACCAAGACUUCGUAAUCUUAGCGUUUACAGCAUUUACUAAAUUAAUGUGGGUCGUACACUCGAACAAAAUCAAAAAAAUUAUUUUAAGUGACAAUCUGAUGAGAUCAGACGAAUCCACAACCAUAUGCUAACAUAAUUUAUUACGGAUGCAUUAGUAUAAGAAAUAGGGCGCCUCUACUUGAAAUUCCUUGUCGAUGUAAGAUUUUUCAAUUCAUAUAAACAGAUUACGGAAGUAAUGCGAAGUUCGAUGCGUAAUAUGCGAAGUUCGAUGCAAAAUCUGUUUUUUCGGCUUAAGAGUUAUUACUGAUUUUUCAAGAGCCACUAAUCUCACAGUUACUUCUUAACUGUAAUAUCGAUAUAUUACUCUCCAACGCUUCAUUUGUAAAUAGAACACCUCAAUAACAUACAUGCUUUCGGCAGCGGAAUAACUAAAUAAAUAAUUAGUCAUUGUUAUGUCAGUCCAAUAUCAGAAGCCAUUCUAAACGUCAAUGUUCGUAACUUUCAAACAUAUUAAAAUAAUAGUAAUAAGCUCACUGUCAAUUCGUUUUACAGUCUGUGCUUCAACGGACUAACUCUAUUCAAAAAUGAGCUGUUUAAAUGAUAAGAGUUUCUUUAAUUUAAUAAUGAAUGUACCAGUAACUAAUGUACCAGUGCGCAAGAACAAAUUUACGUAGCAAAAACGCGAUUUUUCAAUAUGAGUGAUAUCACAGAAAUUUAUAUGUACAAAUCUUAUUCAUAAUGAAGGGAUACUAAAAUUCUUACCUUUAUGUAUGUAACAAGAGCAUCUCCUUUUGGUUGACCAUC